AACUUUCAAAAUAUUUUCGCUAAAAUGGCCCGUUGUCGUCUUUGUGGAAUCCUAUUUUUUCUACUAAUGGGAGUUGCCACAACAGAAGACACCGCAUCGCCAGGAGUGAAAGCAAAACUUGAAGUUGCAAACGAUGCAAGUGGAGAUUUUGCUUUUAUUGGGAGUUAUGAUGGAGACAUUAUCUUUCCCGAUGAUACCAAGACUUCUAAAGUGAUCAGAGAUCCCAUUGGCGCGCCAGGGAUUAUCAAGCCAGGCAAAUUGUAUGAUGAUGUUGGUGGCCCGAUUGAGCUCAACGACGAGCCUGCUAUAAACGGAGAAAAAGAAGGAGAUACAAAAGCCACGACAUGUACGCCAGUGGGCCCACCAGCAACUCCUACCCAUGGCGCGCCUGGUCGUGAUGGCUUACCUGGAAGAGAUGGGAAUCCUGGAAUACAUGGCGUACCCGGAAUUCCGGGUUCAAAGGGCGAUCCAGGUCUGUGUGAUUGCAGAGAAGAACUUAGAAGAAUUACUCAGUCUGAAGAAUUUUUUCUUCCUAAUAUUCACCAAUGUGCUUGGAACAAACUGAACUUUGCCAUGACAGUCGGUCAGGUUCAGACUUGCACAUUCAACAAGAAACGUUCUCACACUUCUCUAAAAGUUGGCUGGUACGGGUCCACCAGAAUUCUUUGCAAGGCAGGAGCGGCAUGCUGCAAUAGAUGGUAUUUUACGUUUAAUGGCGGAGAAUGCACAACACCCCAACCGAUUGACGGCCUUAUAUUUGUGGAUGACAAUAAUUCUACUAUCAAUAUACAUAGAUCGAUGUCAGUUGUUGGUGUCUGCAGUGAUAUUCCAAGCGGAGCUGUUGAUGUUGGAUUCUGGAUCGGCACUUGUGAGGGAGAGUACAGCUUAGGAAAACAAAGAACCGGAUGGAACUCGGUUUCAAGAAUCAUCGUAGAGGAAAUCCCGAUAUUUUAGAUUGUACAAUAUUGUUCUAUUUAGUGCUACGCUGUAUUAU